AUGGAUGCUGUGGACACCACCAUGGAGAAGCUCCGAGCCCAGUGCCUGUCCCGAGGGGCCUCGGGCAUCCAGGGUGUGGCCAGAUAUUUUCGCCGCCUGGACCGGGAUGGGAGCCGCUCCCUGGAUGUGGGGGAGCUCCAGCGGGGCUUGGCUGAGCUGGGGCUGGUGCUGGACGCAGCUGAGAUGGAGGGCGUGUGCAGGCGCUGGGACCGUGAUGGCAGCGGGACGUUGGACCUGGAGGAGUUCCUGCGAGCGCUGCGGCCCCCCAUGUCCCAGGCCCGGGAGGCGGUAGUUGCAGCUGCGUUCGCCAAGCUGGACCGCAGUGGUGAUGGCGUGGUGACCGUAGAUGAUCUCCGGGGGGUAUACAGCGGCCGCACUCACCCAAAGGUGCGAAGCGGGGAGUGGACUGAAGAGCAGGUGCUCCGCCACUUCCUGGACAACUUCGACUCCUCCGAGAAGGAUGGGCAGGUGACGCUGGCUGAGUUCCAGGACUACUACAGUGGUGUGAGCGCCUCCAUGGAUACGGAUGAGGAGUUUGUGGCCAUGAUGACCAGCGCCUGGCGGCUGUGA